AAGAUACCGCCACGCUAGACGUCUUACAUGCCGCCACGUUGCUGAUUCUACCACGUGGCUCCAUCUUAGGCGUUCGUCCGGGGCACGAGCCCUAGACAUUGAAAGGGGAGAUAGAAAGGAAACUCGUGUGAGGGUCUGGGCAGUGAGUUCUAGGGUUUUUGGAGCGGCGGCUGGAUCAAUGGCAUUGAUCUGGAGGGUGCUGCUGUCCUUCGUGCUGGUUUUCGCGAUUUUGUGUGUUGGAAUUCGGGGCGAUGCAGGUGUAGAGGAUGGGGACUUAAGCGUGGGGCAGAAUUUAAGGCAGGCUGAGCUCGAUCGGGAGAUUAUCGAGCUCCGCAAGCAAGUAUCGGAGCUGGAGGCACGGCUAUCAGUCACAGAUUCUAACUUAAAGCAAGCGAAGCAAGAGUCCUUUGAGAAGAGCAAAAAAGUCGUUUCAUUGGAGAGCGAAGUAGAUUCUCUCCAGAAGCGGGCAUCUGGCGAUGUGGAGAAGAAAAUUCAGAGUCUGGAGGCAAAGGCGGAAGAAUUAUCAUCAAAGGUGGAACAACUCGAGGAGAACUUGAAAAAGUCGAGGGAAAACGCACAGCAGUUGCAAGACAAGCUGGAAUUGUCGGAAGCCAAAGUUGAUGAGCUAACCACAAAACUCGCACAGGCCGAGAAGAGCAGUGCCCAUCUGCGAAAGAAAGCGCGUGAUGCUGAGGAGGCACGUAAGAUAGCUGAGAAUCUUCUGCUAAAGGCAGAGUCCGAGGCAGCUGCGAAGGCUCAGGAACUUUAUAAGGUUUACGAGGCUUGGCUGCCACCGUGGGCCGCGGGCCGACUAGCGCAGAUACAGUCAACUUCGGCAGUGUAUUGGACCCUGCACGGUGAACCAGUUUUCAAGAAAGCUGCGGAGCACGCCUCUCGACACGCCACAACGGCGAAGGAAUGGGCUCAACCUCACGUAGAUACUCUUAAGAAGAAAGUAGGCCCUUCUGCGAGUGCGUACUGGAAUACUGUCUCCACGAACGGCAAAGUUCUGGCUUCUAAAGUGUCAGAGGCCUACAAUGUUCACUUGUCGCCCCACUUUGUUAAGGCGAACGAACAACUUAUGCCUCGCAUCAAGUCUCUACGGAAACAGCUUCGGCCGCACGUAGACAAAGCUGCUGCGUACGUCCGUCCUUAUUACGAGAAAUCUCAAGAAUACGCUGCUCCUCACAUCGAAAAGGUGCAUCAAGUUUCCAAGGAGGCACUGACCUCGGCUGUAAAUUAUCACAAUAAGAUGCAAAACUCAGUUCGCGGGCUUUUAUUGAAGCACGAGGUGUCGGCAGGCUGGGCGGCGAGUAAAGAGCUCGUUUGGUUUCUCGCGAUGGCGGUUUUGGUGCUACCAGCGGCUGCAGCGAUGCAUUUGGUGUUGAGCACCUUCAGUGGUAGCAAGAAGGUGAAGAAGCCGAGCCGGAGCCACGCCAACGCGCACAAAAAGUCCAAAAAGUCAAAGCAUCAAUCGUCGUCGUCUUCAUCGGCGGCGACAAGCGCAGAGAAGCACGUAGAGAAGCAGUAGAAAAAGAAAAACGAAGUGGCCUUGUCAAGAUUGAAAUCUUUCCGGAUAUAUCGCUCGCGCUUACUGCUGGCUCCUUUGGACAUGUGUAUAAAAACACUAAAAUUUUUGUGUACGCGCAAAUAUCAUCAGUUCCAUUAUAUAAUAGUUGAUGUUUACGAAUCA